AUGACCAGUCCUCAGCCCCAGUCCUCACUCCUCAGUCCUCAGCCCUCAGUCCUCAGUCCUCAGUCCUCAGCCCCAGUCCUCAGCCCUCAGUCCUCAGCCCCAGUCCUCAGUCCUCACUCCUCAGCCCCAGUCCUCAGUCCUCAGUCCUCAGCCCUCAGCCCUCAGUCCUCACUCCUCAGCCCCAGUCCUCAGUCCUCAGCCCUCAGUCCUCAGCCCUCAGUCCUCACUCCUCAGCCCUCACUCCUCAGCCCUCAGUCCUCACUCCUCAGCCCCAGUCCUCACUCCUCAGUCCUCAGCCCUCAGUCCUCAGUCCUCAGUCCUCAGCCCCAGUCCUCAGCCCUCAGUCCUCAGCCCCAGUCCUCAGUCCUCACUCCUCAGCCCCAGUCCUCAGUCCUCAGCCCUCAGCCCUCAGUCCUCACUCCUCAGCCCCAGUCCUCAGUCCUCAGCCCUCAGUCCUCAGCCCUCACUCCUCAGCCCCAGUCCUCAGUCCUCAGUCCUCAGCCCUCAGCCCUCAGUCCUCACUCCUCAGCCCCAGUCCUCAGUCCUCAGCCCUCAGUCCUCAGCCCUCAGUCCUCAGCCCCAGUCCUCAGUCCUCACUCCUCAGCCCCAGUCCUCAGUCCUCAGUCCUCAGCCCUCAGCCCUCAGUCCUCACUCCUCAGCCCCAGUCCUCAGUCCUCAGCCCUCAGUCCUCAGCCCUCAGUCCUCACUCCUCAGCCCUCACUCCUCAGCCCUCAGUCCUCAGCCCUCAGUCCUCAGUCCUCACAGCCCCCCAGUGGCGAGGAGGCAGGACCCAGUAAUAUGGGGACAGAACCCGUCCAGCCAUUAAUGGAGGAGCUGACAGAAGAAGAAGUGGCCUUCCUCAGAGACGGCAGCCCAGCAGACACCCACAGUGGAGUACAGGAGGGGCUAGGAGCCACGAAUGAGCAGGGGGUAUUGGCCCAGGGGGUAUUGGCCCAGGGGGUAUUGGCCCAGGGGGUUUUGGCCCAGGGGGUAUUGGCCCAGGGGGUUUUGGCCCAGGGGGUUUUGGCCCAGGGGGUAUUGGCCCAGGGGGUAUUGGCCCAGGGGGUUUUGGCCCAGGACUGUGAGGACGGCAAGUCAUUCUUCAUGGAGGAGUGUGAGGUCCAUGGCCCUCCCCUCUUCUUCCCUGACAUCCCUUAUGAAGGAGAGCUCACAGUCAAGGACCAAGCCAUGGAGAGUGAAGAGCAGAAUCUGGUGUCCUUCCAGUACAGAGGAGGGAUUCUGUACCGCUGCUGUAAGCCCAUAGCUGUUGGAGAGGAGCUGUUGGUUUGGUACGGAGAGGAGUACGCCAGAGACCUGGGCAUUGUCUUCGACUACCUCUGGGACAAAAAGAGCUCUGCUAAAGAUGUGAACGCUGAGGCGUCCCAGGUCCAGAUCUUCUCGUGCUCUGGCUGUCCGUUCUCCUUCACCUCUCAGAUCUUCCUCCACAAGCACAUAAAGAUAAGUCACCAUGAUGAGUAUGUCAGACUGUUGAGGAGUGGAGAGAUCAGAUCAGAGAAUCGCAUGUCCUCCAGCAACUCAACACAGCACCAUGGAACCACCUCAAGUUCCUCCAACCCAGCUCCCACCAGGAAACAGAGCGAGAUGGACAAGCCACGAUCAAACCACUGCUCCCAGUGUGGGAAGUGUUUCACUACAGGAGGUCAUUUCAGAACACACCAGCUCACUCACACAGGAGAGAAGCCGUUUCACUCCUCCCAGUGUGGGAAGAGCUUCAAUAGAGAGAUUAACCUCAGAACACACCAGCACACUCACACAGGAGAGAAGCUAAUCCACUGCUCCUAG